AAGAUAUACCCGCUUUUUGGAAUAAACGUUACAGUAACUUAACCGUUUGUUGCUUUAAUCUUUAUUGACUUUUAACAUCUUGUGACCGGUGCGGCAAAGUCUAAGUUUUAACCUAAAAUAGUUAACAUAACCAAACAGGACUUGCCUAACUAUUUAAGGAGGUAAGGCGCUGACUCAAGCUCACGCCAGUUAACGCUCCGAUAGUAUACAGUCCUCCACGGCGCAUUCUCUACGGAGGCCACCGCUGGAUCUCCGAGUCGAGCUCUCAACGGACGAUGGAUGACGACGCCAAGGGAGCACAGAGAAGGAUGAUGCGCAAAUAAGGGCGAGGAUUGCUUGCCUCCCCCCUCUUCUCGUCCGCUCUCGCGAAAAAAAGAAGAAGGAGGCUAAGACCUCGGCGCUGUAGCGAGCGCUCUAGGAGUUCCCGAGAGCGCAGACGUGCAAACGUGCUUCCGGUCUCGCGAAACAUCUCAGCGGCCGACAAGAUGAUAGAAACGAGAAGAACUGGAUCGGUUUAAGUGGAAUCGCAUCCAACGAGCGCGCCGUGUCCGUCUCCGAAAGAACUCUGGAUACCUGAUAAGUUACAUAUCUUUUUUUAUUCCCCCGAGUGACCUUCACUGGGCCCACAACAGGGGACCAAGGACUGCUGAGGUACCACCCGCUAUACGAGCCCUGCCUUGAACGCGCGGAGUCGCCGCUUGACGAGAGGGGGCGCUGCGUACUCAACAUGCUUUCCACGCUGUGCUGCCUGGCGACGACGGCGCUCAUCACAGUUGUGCGAACACAAAGCGACGACGACUUCUUUAUUCCCGGAGAGGAGACGCUAGCCAGGCUGCUACCAGAAGAAUACGAUGAAGCGGACGAGGAAGUUACAGAAGUGUGCCCAAAAGCGAAGCCCGGACAAGACGACCUGCCAGGAUUCGACCUGAUCCGCAAGUUCCGGUUGGACGACGUCCAGUUCGACUUCCCGGGCGUCAAGCGAGUGACCGGCUCCAACAGCCUGCAGACUGCGUACAGGCUGUCCAGGAAGGCGGAGCUCGUGCUGCCCACCAGGGCGGUGUUCCCCCUGGGUCUCCCCGACGAGUUUUCGUUCGUGGCGACGUUCCGAAAGCGGAGCAGUCGCACCGACCCCUGGUUCCUCAUCCGGGUCACCGACGUCCAGGGAGCGGCGCAGUUCGGGCUGAACGUGAUCUCCAGGAAGAACCGGCUGGACUUCUUCGCGCAGGACGUCACCGGAAACAGGCAGACGUUGCGGUUCAGGAACGUCCGGGUGGACGACCAGCAGUGGCACAAGGUGGACAUCAGCGUGUUCAGGGACCACGCGGUGCUCUACCUCGACUGCGAGAAGCAUUCCAGUCUCGAGAUCGUCCAGAGGGCGCCCAUCGACGUCAACGGUGACGUCAACAUCGGAAAGUACGAGUCCGACCUCUCCACGGUGCCGAUGGACCUGCAGUGGAUGGUGAUGAGCUGCAAUCCUGCGAGACCGGAGAGAGAGACCUGCUUCGAGCUGCCGCCAAAGGGAACUCCGCCUGCCCCUACACUGCCGACGCCCACGGAGCCUGCCCUGCCCCUGGAGUCCGUGUGCAUCGAGUGCCCCCCAGGCUCACCAGGUCUGAACGGGACUGACGGUCUACCAGGAACGCCAGGUCUGGAUGGACUCCCCGGAGUCCCUGGCGCACCAGGUUUCAAAGGCGAGAUUGGUGCUGCUGGGUUGCCAGGACCUACUGGAGCAGCGGGUGCUUUGGGCCUGCGUGGUCAGAAGGGUGAAAAAGGGGAGAUCGGGCAGCCUGGAAUUCCGGGAGAGCCUGCCAUCCCUGGCCAGCCAGGACCUCAAGGUUAUGUUGGACCAAAAGGGGAGCCUGGAUCUGAUGGAAUGAAGGGUGCCAUGGGACCGAUGGGGCCAAGAGGAUUCCCAGGCCUCCCAGGCCUGCCUGGGCCUCCAGGACGACCAGGGAAGCAAGGACACGGCGGAAUAGAGGGACCAAAAGGAGCCAAGGGCGACGAAGGACCACCAGGACCAGAGGGAUCACCCGGUGAAGUGGGCCCUCCAGGAAUACAAGGCCUCACCGGCAAGCCAGGGCCGAAAGGUAUCUUUGGUGACAAGGGCCUCCGUGGACCAGAAGGGCCAAGGGGAUUGCCAGGACCACAGGGUCCACCUGGAACUCCAGGAAAUCCAGGACCCCCAGGUCUACCAGGACUCAUGGGGCCGAGAGGUCCUCAGGGACUGGAGGGUCCUCCUGGACAGCCUGGUGAAAAGGGCGAGUGCAUCUACCAAGCCAGGGAAGAAUACCUCGUGGCGCCAAGCAGGCCGGGAGCAACAGGGGCCAUGGGACCACCAGGAAUGCCGGGUGAGCGCGGAGCCCCUGGGGAGCGGGGAACUCCAGGCGUCCCCGGCCAAGUGGGCAUGCCUGGACCAGGCGGAUCGCCAGGCCAGCCGGGAACACCAGGAACCAGGGGUCAACCAGGAAUGCCAGGCCUACCGGGACCUCCGGGUCGUGGAUUUACUGAGGAAGAAGUGAAAGAAUUAUGCUCAGCUGUACUUCGAGAACAGUUGAGUGAACUGACGACGAAGAUGCGUGGGCCUCCUGGUCCCCCGGGGAGAGGGAAACCAGGAAAGCCAGGACCACCGGGACCCCAAGGGUCACCAGGUGACCCAGGUACACCAGGACUGCCGGGAGAGCGUGGAUUUAUGGGACUACCUGGGCUCCCAGGACCACCAGGACUACCCGGUCCCACUGGUGAAAAAGGUGAUAAAGGUGAUCGUGGCCCCGAAGGAGUUGGUGUGGAAGGUCCUAUUGGCCCCCGUGGAUCUCCAGGAUCUCCAGGCCCGGCUGGCGUGGGCCACCCAGGGCGGCCGGGUGAGAGGGGACCCCCGGGUCGCCUAGGACAGCCAGGCCCCCGCGGUCCACCAGGGGCGCAGGGACCGCCCGGCUAUUGCGAGAUGUGCAACUACGGAAAUGCUGACCUGCUUCACAUGCUGCACAUGAACACCGUCCAACAGAACACCAAGGGACCCUAAGUAGAGAGUGCGCCAUGACAUGGCUGUGAACAAAGCCGGGACUGUGUUGAGAUCCACAGCUCCAGAAGAGAACUGGAUUCCCUUCUCUUUUUUCCCCACAGUGCACAGGUUUCUCUCUUGCACAGAUUUCAGUUGGCAGUGAACAAGAAGUGAAACGUACUUUACCUCUAGGCCUUUUACUUGUGGGUAGAUCUGUGCUAACAUCUUCAAAAGGCUAGACUGUUUAAACGUCCGUGAGCAUGAGCUUUCAUAGCUUUACAAGCUAUUACAGUCGUACCUUGUCACAUCUGACACAAAAGUGUGUUCAUUACAUCUGAUAUUUGUUAUAAGCACAUUGUUAUGAACAAGGCAUUUAUAUUGAAGACGACUCGGGAUGGUUGAGGUUAGCCAGGACCAACACAGAAGUAGGCCAGCCAAACGUAGUCUUCCUUCUCUACUAUCCAUGUCGACGGUCGCUAGCAUUUUUUGUUUUUUGCCAUAACAGCUUGCGACAAUACAUUGGUUACAUGCUGAAGUCUACAAGAAACAUUUUAGAUUUACUCUGUUAUAUACGAUAAUUUUUUCGUUACAUCGGUGUUUGUUAUGUGGAGGGAUAUGACUAGCAUAUGUUGCUCAGUGUGACAAGGAUUGCAUCUGCCACAUGUGAGUGAUACAGGACAGCUAAAGGACAUGUUGUUUCAGUGUUGAAAGUGGAAAGUUUAAGCUAACUGGAAGCGCAUAACUCUCGAAACUGCUAUUGCCAUGGUGUGGUUCUUUUGUACAAGAACACCUCAGUGACCAACCAACACUUGGUGAUUAUGGACUACACAUUACCGAGGCAUUGUAACAUGAGGUGCACCUCUCAUGAUGCUGCUAUUCAGGGGGGGCUUACCUGCAGUAAGGGUAAACUUAGCUGUCUCAUGGUCCAAUGGUCAUGUCUGACAGCUGAGUAGUCGACUAUCUUGGCUACCUGUUAGCUCUUGUUACCUCCACAAUGUUGCAUAUUAACGAUCAUGCCUGGUGAACGGUCCUUGUUGGCAAAAACUGAAACCAGAAAAUGGCGCGCCAGGAAUUCUCAAACAAUAAAUUAUUUAUGGCAUAUCUGUGCAGGUACACUAUUACGGUUGUUAGAAAGGGUGUGAGCUAAAAAAAAAUUCUAAGCACAAGCCGAGAAUUUGGUGCUUCCAUUUUUAACAUGGACAAGAUCUGAAUGUCUUGCAUGGUUGUAAUCAGUUAAUGUACACAUGCAAUAGAAAAUGCAUUUGCGCAACUUCUGCCACUCAUAAAAUGGAUCAAAAUACUGCCCAUUGGGAGUAUGGUCAUUAUUGAUUUUGCAUUAACUACAUAAUACAAUGACACACAACCUAAACUUGCAUUCUAAUGUUAGGGAAACAUACUGACUAGGAAGAGCACACAUAACCAUGACACAAUGUGGAACUAUGAACAGUUUAUUUUAGUGAGAAAAUAAGGAACACAUAGGUGACAAUCACAUGGGCAAUAAUGCGAUGAUAGGCAUGCUGACGUCAUAGUUACCACUUUCUGACUAAUAUCUCAUUCACUCAGUGCAAUGCCGUCUAUUUGCUUCUGUUCAAAUUAUCUAUAGCAUGAUGACAUGAGGGCAGUUGCGAAAAGAUAAGGGAGAGAAAAGAAGAUCGAGUUUUACUGUAGUAACUUGUGAUAAGUCACAAGAACGUUAAGUGACAAAUUUGUGUUCAACAUAGUAUACUUUUAUCUGUGUUCUGGUGUUCACGCCACUUUUUGUGUCAGAAAAUGAUGAAGCAACGAUGCAAAAAUGUUUGCAAGAAAGAAAUGGCCGAAAGUACUCUUUUGGAUAGACCAGGCUAUCCAAGCAGCCUAUCUUUACAUACAACACCUUUAACAUUGACCAACUUUCAAGACAAUCAAGUCAUCAGCUUUCAGGACGAGUUACUUCAACUUUCAAGCACUUGUGGGCCUCUUGCACACUGCUCGUCAGAAGCUUAUGUACCAGACAAUGUGACAAGGAAAAUGACAGAGGACCUCCAGUAGAGGCCAGAAAAUAUGAGCUAAAUAUGUUCUGCAUGAAAACAUUCAGCCAGCGUUCAAGUGCAGGCUUUCUCUGCCAGUACGUACUCCCCCUACCUCUAAAUACUGCCAUUCAUCAAAGUGCUCCUUCCAACAAUAUCAUGUUCGCUCCAUGGACUUUGACCAGCUUUUUCAUAAACAGUGUGCAAAUGAAUGCAAAGCUCAGCAUUGCCUGCACUGCACGCACAAAGCUUUGCUGUGUAACGUGGAAUGCCUCUCUAGAGGUUUGUGGCAAAGAUGAGUACAGCAAUAAAAGUUACUUAAACCUUCGUCUCAAAUGCGCUGCCGCAGGGUAAUCCUGUGUGAGCAACUCUUUCCACAAUUAUACAGGCUAUGGUGAUAGCAGGUGUGUUCUCCCAAUUUGUUGCGACAAGCAAAACCUGUCUAACCCUGACGUAUUAAAAGGCAGACCUCUCUGUUCA